CUCCCUACUCCCUCGCCGUCAGCUUCUUCCUCGACCUGGAAACGGAAUGCCUGAGCCGGGCUCAGGAUCGGCCUAUUUCAAAUGGAAGCUACGUUCCUGUUUUCACCCUCUUUAGCUGAUAUUUACAGUUCCUAGUGGGAAAAGCUGUGUAUUCUUCAAACAAAAGGGUUGCAUUGGGGUAUGAACAAUGGAUUCUCUGGAUCAUAUGCUCACCGACCCAUUGGAGUUGGGGCCAUCUGGAGAAGGAAAUGGUACACAGAUUAUGGAGGAUUGCAUGCUGGGAUCCAUACGUAUUAGCCUGCCAGAAGAUCUCUUGGAAGAUCCUGAGAUCUUCUUUGAAGUUGUCAGUCUUUCAACAUGGCAGGAGGUGCUGGUAGAUUCACAACGAGAACACUUGAAAAAGUUUUUGCCCCGCUUCCCGGAAAACAAUACUGAACAUCAGAAUAAUCUUAUUCUGUCCCUAUUCAAUGGAGAGAACUUCCGGUUUGGAAACCCCCUGCACAUAGCCCAGAAGCUCUUCCGAGAUGGACAUUUCAAUCCUGAAGUGGUAAAAUAUCGACAGCUUUGCUUCAAGUCACAGUACAAGCGCUACCUCAGCUCCCAGCAGCAGUACUUUUACCGGCUGCUGAAACAGAUUCUUGCUUCCCGGAAUCACCUGUUAGAGCUUGCUAGGAAAGGUGGUCCAGAUCUGGCCCUGAAACGAAAAUACUCGGCAGCUGCUUGUGCUGCUGAAGAACGGGACAGACAGACUCAUCGUCGAUACCUGAAAAUCCUCAGGGAGGUGAAAGAGGAAUGCGGAGACACUACCUUAUCCUCUGACGAAGAAGAUCUGAGCUGCUGGAUCCCAAAUUCUCCAGCCCAUUGCCCAAGUCCUGCUGUUCCUCUCAGAGUGAUCCCCACCUUAUCAACCCAAGACAUGAAAACAGCAGAUAAACUGGAUUUCGGUGAGAAUGGCCUGAAGAUGAUGCUGAAGAAGCACCAUGAAAAACGCAAGCGACAACCUAACCAUCCUGAUUUAAUGACAGGGGACCUGACUCUGAAUGACAUCAUGACACGUGUGAAUGCUGGCAGGAAAGGAUCUUUGGCAGCAUUGUUUGACCUUGCUGUCCUCAAAAAGAAGGUGAAGGAGAAGGAAGAGAAAAAGAAAAAGAAGAUAAAAGUUAUUAAGUUGGAAGCAGAAGACUUCUCCGAGUCGCUUGGCAACCCUGAAGGAAUGCCUCCAAUGUCUCAGGAUCCAUCCCCCAUCCCUCCCAUUUGGGACCCCCCGUCCCUCCCAUCUGUUAAAGAAGAGCCUCUUGAAGACAUCAAGCCGUGCCUUGGAGUAAAUGAAAUUGCCUCCAGCUUCUUUUCCCUCCUUCUAGAGAUUCUGCUUCUAGAAGGGCCAGCUAGUCUCUCAGUGCUUGAGGAUAAACUCAUGGAUUGGCAGUCUUCUCCUGCCAGCACAUUAAACAGCUGGUUCUCCUUUGCCCCCAACUGGUCAGAACUUGUUUUACCUGCCCUGCAGUAUCUCACAGGCGAUAGCAGAGAUGCUUCUUCCAGUUUUUCUCCAUUUGUUGAAUUCAAAGAAAAAACUCAGCAGUGGAAACUGAUAGGUUCAUCCCAAGACCAUGAGAAGGAGCUUGCAGAACUCUUUCAGCUCUGGUUGGAGACGAAAGACCAAGCCUACUUCAAGGACAAUGAAGACAGCUCAGAUGCCACUACACCAGUUCCUCGAGUAAGGACUGACUAUGUAGUCCGGCCUAGCACUGUGGAAGAGAAACGUGUUUUCCAGGAACAGGAGCGUUAUCGAUACAGCCAACCCCACAAAGCGUUCACAUUCCGCAUGCAUGGCUUUGAGUCGGUGGUGGGCCCUGUGAAGGGCGUGUUUGAUAAGGAAACCUCUCUGAACAAAGCCCGAGAACAUUCUCUGUUGCGAUCAGAUAGGCCUGCAUAUGUCACCAUCUUGUCUCUUGUUCGGGAUGCUGCAGCCCGUCUUCCUAAUGGAGAGGGAACUCGUGCUGAGAUCUGUGAGCUGCUUAAAGACUCCCAGUUUCUUGCUCCUGAUGUCACCAGUGCUCAGGUUAACACCGUGGUGAGUGGUGCACUGGAUCGAUUGCACUAUGAGAAGGAUCCCUGCGUAAAAUAUGAUAUUGGGCGCAAACUAUGGAUAUACCUCCAUCGAGACAGGAGCGAAGAGGAGUUUGAGCGGAUUCAUCAGGCCCAAGCUGCUGCAGCAAAGGCCAAAAAAGCCCUUCAGCAGAAACCCAAACCGCCUGCAAAGAUAAAAUCCAGUAGCAAGGAGAGUUCAGUGAAAGUGGUGACUAGUGGCACCUCUGAACCAAGUCAACUGAGCCUUAGCGAUUCCAGCAUGCCACCAACUCCUGUGACUCCAAUGACGCCCACUGCCCCUCCAAUGCCAGCAAUGCCAAUUUCACCACCGCCAGUUCCUGUCGUUAGCAAGAGUUUGCCAAGUGUUGCACCAGAACAAGCUAAACCUAACCAAAGCAUCCUUUUAGUAUCUUCUCCCACCAUGCCGCAGCUUGGGACAUUGCUCUCCACCACACAGAGUACCCAGGCACAGGCUGGGUCUCAGCCCUCUUCUCGGGCGGCCAGCCACACAGCCUCCUCAGGACUUCCACAGGUCCGAGUGGUUACAGCACAAUCUAGCCUCCCGCCUGUGUCUCAGCCAGCCCCAAUGGUAACACAGCCACCUCCACCACCAGCAUCUGUACCUCAGAUCCGUAUCCCUUCCACUUCUGCACAAACCAAAGUUCUAUCUCAGGCUGUUAUGACUGUCCCGGUGAAAGCACAAUCCAGCCCGGUCCAGGUGCAGAGGCCAACAGUUUCAGUAACAGGAACAGCCAGUAUGACGGGGGCAGGAAUAUCUGCAGCUCCCAGUCCUGCCUCCAAGCCACUAACUAGUUCUCCAAGCAGCUCUGUGCCCAGUUCCUCUACCGCUUCUUUAUCAUCCUCCUCCUCUUCCUCCACUGCUGUCCUCCAGAAUGUAGCUGGACAAAAUAUCAUCAAACAGGUGGCUAUAACUGGACAACUUGGUAUGAAGAACCAGCCUGGGAGCACCAUCCCGCUUUCCGCUUCCAACUUCCGCAUCCAAGGCAAGGACGUCCUGCGUCUGCCUCCCUCCUCCAUUACCACCGAUGCAAAGGGGCAGACCGUUCUCCGCAUCACCCCAGACAUGAUGGCUACCUUGGCCAAGUCGCAAGUCACCACCGUCAAACUCACCCAGGACCUCUUCACCACUGCCGCAGCUGGCAGCACUUCCGCUGGGAAAGGCAUCUCCGCCACUCUGCGCGUGUCAUCGAGCCCCAUCCAGUCUUCCGACUCUCCCGCCAAGACCAGCACGCCCACCUCUGCUUCGCCGAGCUCCGCUGGGCCUACCGUGGUGAAAGUGACCCCUGACUUGAAGACUGUCGAGUCAACCAGUUCAGCGUUUCGGCUGAUGCCUGCCCUAGGCAUGACUGUAGCAGAGCAGAAGGGCAAAGCCAUUUCCACAGUGGCAUCCACUGACGCCAAGCCAGCUGCCACUAUAAGGAUUGUGCAGGGGAUGGGGGUGAUGCCACCAAAAGCUGGGCAGACUAUUACAGUAGCCACUCAUGCCAAGCAGAUGCCCUCUGCCUCUUCAGUGAGCAUGUCUGGCACAGUCCAUACCUCUGCGGUUUCUCUGCCGACCAUGACUGCUUCGGUGUCCAAGGCAGUUGCUGUCGUUUCAGGAGCAGCAGGGACGCCCAUAACUAUUGGAACAGGAACCACCACUAUGCGGCAGGUUCCAGUGAGCACGACUGUCGUAUCUACUUCCCAGGCAGGGAAGCUGCCUGCCCGAAUCACGGUGCCCCUCUCGGUCAUAAGCCAGCCCGUGAAAGGAAAGAGUGUUGUGACUGCUCCUAUCAUCAAAGGCAACCUUGGGGCCAACAUCAGUGGACUGGGUAGAAAUAUCAUCUUGACCACGAUGCCAGCUGGGACAAAGCUGAUUGCUGGGAACAAGCCAGUAAGCUUCCUGACUGCACAGCAACUGCAACAGUUGCAGCAACAAGGCCAGGCUACACAGGUACGAAUUCAGACAGUCCCAGCCUCCCAUCUCCAGCAGGGAACAGUGUCUGGCUCUACAAAAACAGUCUCCACAGUAGUUGUAACAGCAGCGCCAUCUCCAAAACAGACACAUGAUCAACAGUAAAUAUAAUUUGCCAAAAGUUACUCUAGCCCUCUUAUUCUAUUUUCACCCGGUCAGGACUUUCUAGAAUCAUCUAUCAAGCAUCUGCAAGUUGGUUCCUGACAUACCGGAAGCACCUGUGGGAAAUGUUUGGUUUGAUUCAAAAUAAGCAGAACCCCUAAUACAAGCGCCGUGGGGUACUGUAUAUUACUAACCUUAACUCCUUCACGUUAAGCUGAAGAGUCAGCAGUCCUAAUUGGCCUUUUGGUUCUUGGCUUGUUGCCGAUACUCUGGUGUGAAUGUAAGUUUCAACAAUGCUUGCUGCAUAAGGGAAGACGAAAGAGGGCCUUGGAAGAAGUGGACAUGUUGUAUUAGACUGAAGCCCAGUUUUAUCCUUCCCACAGUCCUUCUCGUGGCCAUUCAGUUUCUGGAUUUUUAAUAUUGGUUGCCUUCGUUUUGGUCUGUUCUUCUGUGUAUUUUAUAUAUUUAGUCAUUUUUUAAAAAACAAACAAACUGACAACAUCUUGCUGAUUAUGCUUCCCUCUCUCUGCAUAGACUUUAUCAGCCUGCUUUAUCUUCAUCAAGCUGAGCAUUUACAUGAAAUGGCAAAAGAGAGGGUCUUGCAAAUAUGUGAGCUGGCUGUGGAAAAGAGGCAGAAGCAAGGGAGCAAAAAGCAAAGCCCCCCCUUUCCCCCCACACCAAGAACUUUGAUAGCUCAGCCUUUACAUGACAGGAAAUUCAUUUUUUAAAAAAUGAAAGACAGAACCAGAGUAAGAUUGUAUACCAUACUCAGUUCCUUCUCCCCAAUUUAUUUUAACAUGUUGAUGGUAACUAUUGACGUUUUAUUGCUUCCCCAGCUUCUGAAUAAAAUGUUAACAAAACUAAAUGAACAAACUUCUACCAUCAAUCCAGAUUAUACUAUUAUCUAGGAUUUUUCUCUGUGUUUAAGGCAGAAGUAAAAAGAGGGACGUAGCACAGAAGUGGAGAGACCGGAAGAUCCUUUGUAUUGUGGUGGGGAAGAGGGUCUUGUUUGAUGAAGUGUGAUAUUUAUUGCCUAACCUACUAACCUACUAUGCUCAUGUGUUUGUAAUGUGUUCUUUCACAUUAUGUGUGUGUGUGUUUAAUUGGUUAUCUGUAUUGAAGGCUGUCCUGGAAUAUGUUCUAAUUAAAUUAAGUGAUUUUGUUG